AUGGCCGAAAUACUCUCAGGGCAGCAUGACUUUACUCCCCAGCCGAAAAUUGACGAAGGUGUCAAUCAUGACGAGAAGUCCGACAAGCUUUCCCAGACCGAUAAAGAGCUUGCUUUGCGUCUUUCUUCUAUCAUCGAAGAUGCCAAUGCUCACGUAUCGCCACUCUGCCAGAUGAUUCGCAAGAACAUCGAAAGCUUUGAAGCGGAGGAGGAAGAUGACAGGGAUGAGCAAGCCCUGGUGAAGGAGGUUAGACCUUUGCUUGAAGAGACGGAGAAAGCCUUGAACGAAACAAACGGCGCGAUCAAAGGUUCAGAUCCUGACGGCCGUCUAGCAAAGCAGGCACAGCAUGAUCUUAAGACUGAACAAGCUAGUCCUGAGCAAGAGCGACUCGCAGAGGCUCUGAAAGUAUUGGUCGAAGAGGUCCAAGGAACAGUGCAAUGGGCAAAAGAGAAACUUAACAAUUUCCCAAAGGCAAAACGGGACCUUGGACCAUUGCUGGAUGCUCUGACUCACCCUUUGACACAAAUUGUUGGAGGUGUUGGCCUUCUUCUGGCUGGCGUUCUCAACCUUCUCGGGAAUCUUCUCAAGGGCUUUGGUCUCGACAGUUUUUUGAAAGGAGUCGUAACUGCUACUGGUCUUGAUAAAAUUUACAAAGGGAUGGGUCUCGGGAAAUGGCUCAACUCAGGAAUAAAGAAUUAG